UUCGUCGUCUGCUAUAAAGCGGGUUUGAGUUUCUUUGUUACACACAAAAAUUAAAGUAAUUUUGCAAAAAUAAAUUGUAAUUUUUGACAGAAUCAACAAGACUAAAACAGAAACUAUGCACACAUAAUAAAUUAUCAACAAAAUAUCAAUGUAAUGCUACACAAUAUUUCUGUUUGUGUGAUUAAAAUCGAAAUCGAUUCACCAAUAAGUGAGGAUUUGGGAGGCGCCGGAGCUGUAUCAUCAGAACAUCCAAAUAAUCCAAGAGUGCAAAAAGAACGCGAACGUGAUCGUGGUUUACGUCAUUCGUCGCAAAUUACCAUUGAAACGUAUACGAAUAAAUUGUGGUCGGAGGAUAGUGAUUCUAUAGACAUGAGUUGUGCUAGUGAAAAGAAACCCUUGUCCGAGAAGAGACAAAGAGAAAUGCCCACUUCUAGUAGUAGUCGUGAAACGACCCCGUUAGAGGAGGGCCAGUGUGCUUCGGAAUUUCCCAAGGAAAUUGGUUUCUUUUCGGGCAAUCCUAGUGUGGAGGUGACAAACGGCAUUAUACAUUUAUAUAAGAAAAAUGAACGCAAGGAAAUUAAAGAGGCUCCAUCAAAUCAACUCUGUCUUUUGGCUGUACCAGCUAGUUUAAGUUGUCAUGACCUGUUAAGUUUUGUGGCUCCUUGUCAUUCGGAAAUACAACACAUACGCAUAGUGCGAGAUGGUUGUCCCAAUCAAUUUAUGGUUUUAUUAGAAUUUCGUUCAAAUGCUGCAGCUUUAGAAUUCUAUCAAACUUAUAAUGGUGCUGCUUACAAUUCUUUAGAGCCCGACUCACUUUGUCAUGCUGUUUGGGUUUCUGAAAUCGAAAGAGGUGAAGAUGGUGUACCGCCUACAGGCCAUACUGAACUGCCAACAUGUCCAGUUUGUCUCGAGCGCAUGGAUGAAAGUGUCGAUGGCGUUCUCACCAUCCUAUGUAAUCAUGCAUUUCACGCCAACUGUCUCAUCAAAUGGGGUGAUUCCACCUGUCCCGUUUGUCGUCACGUACAAACACCAGAACUCAUGGAGAAUUCCGUUUGCAUGGAAUGUGAGGGCACUGACUCCUUGUGGAUCUGUUUGAUUUGUGGUCAUGUUGGCUGUGGCCGUUAUCAAGGUGCUCAUGCUGCCGCACAUUAUCGUGCCACCAAUCAUACAUUUGCCAUGCAAUUGGGCACUUCAAGUGUUUGGGACUAUGCUGGUGAUAACUUCGUACAUCGUCUAUUUCAAAAUAAAACCGAUGGCAAAUUGGUGGCCACUCAAGCACCCAACGAUGAGGGCGAAGAAAAAAUCGAUUCUAUUCAAUUGGAAUUUACAUAUUUAUUAACAUCCCAACUGGAUACACAGAGAAAGUACUAUGAAGAGCGUAUGGAAAGAUUGGAACAAGAAUGGCGUGAUUUUCGCAGCAGUGCUGAUGAAUCGAAAGAUAAAAUGGAUUCUAUGGAACAUCGUUUACAAACAUUAACCAAAGAGAAACAAACUGUAGAAAGGAAAUUGCAACAGAAUAAUAACAAACUCAAAGAAUUGCAAAAGCAAUUGGCCGAAGAACAAGAAAUUUCACGUGCUUUACAAAAUAAUCAAAACUCCUGGCACACCAAAUACAAACAGCUGGAGCAACAAUACAAAGAAUACAAAGAGUCUAAAGAAUUGGAAUUGGAUUCGAUUAAAGAACAAUUACAUGAUAUAAUGUUUUAUAUGCAUGCUCAAAGUAAAAUUGCCGAAUCGGAUUUGAAAGAUGAAAUUGCCGGCGGUACUGUGAUGGUGCCCGAAACAGAAGCUCCCACUACCAGUUCGGCCAAGGCCAAUCGUCGCAAGAAAAAGCAUUAAAUAUAUCUUAUAAUGGAAAGUAAGAAAGCAGCACCCAUGGGUUACAAUUCGUGGUUAUUUGGUUGAUGUAGUUUUAAAGAUUAAAAUGCUAAAUCUCUUUUUUCUAUAGCUAUUAUUACUGCAACAACAAAUCAUUAUACUAAAUAUUCAUAACAUUUUUUUUAUAUAUUUAUAUUUAUUAUUAAAUGUGUUUUAAAACAAAUAACAAAACUGAAGCUUCAUCAUUAUUUGUGCAUCAAAAGAA